ACUCUGGCGCAGUAGCACUCAGGUUGCUCUUGCGUGGAAGUAUCAGUUUGCUUUUAUAUACUCUUUUAAGCACAGAUUUAACAACAGUUGAAAAUAAAAGAAAAGAAGUAAGUCUGAGAGGAUUUGGAUGUCUACAUUUAAAGGGCACUAGAAAAUAUUCUGGUUGACAGUGAAUAGGACAAGGAUGAGAUAUCCAAAAGGGGUGGUCUCUGAAGUGGAAGGAAGAAAUUCAUACAAGUUUGGAACAACAUGAAGAUCAUGCCCCCUAGAUAGCAGACUCUUCGCCUCGCUGGCUGUCGGCCCCUCCGGAUUGGAGAGGAUGCCUCCCCGGAAGCGCACACGGCCCACCCUGGGCUUCAUGUGCUGCUUCAGCAGCAGUGAACACCCUGAGAUUAACCUGAAAGACAGUGUACCGCUGCAGCUGCUGGAGUUCAGUGCCCCCAUGCCCCCAGAGGAAGAGCUGCAUGCCCGUUUCUCUGAAUUAGUGGAUGAACUGGAUCUCACAGACAAAAACAGGGAAGCCAUGUUUGCUUUGCCUGCUGAGAAGAAAUGGCAGAUCUAUUGCAGCAAGAAAAAGGAACAAGAGGACCCCAACAAGCUUGCUACCAGCUGGCCUGAUUACUAUAUUGACCGCAUCAACUCCAUGGCAGCUAUGCAGACACUAUUUGCUUUUGAUGAAGAGGAAAUGGAGAUGAGAAACAGGGUGGUAGAGGAUCUAAAGACAGCCCUCCGGACUCAACCAAUGAGGUUUGUGACACGCUUCAUCGAGUUGGAUGGCUUGACGUGUCUUCUAAACUUCCUGAAGAGCAUGGACUAUGAAACCUCAGAGAGCCGCAUACAUACAUCCAUCAUCGGCUGCAUCAAAGCCUUGAUGAACAACUCCCAGGGCCGUGCCCAUGUACUGGCCCACCCCCAGAGCAUCAACAUUAUUUCCCAAAGCCUCCGCCAGGACAACAUCAAGACCAAAGUGGCUGUGUUGGAGAUUCUGGGUGCUGUUUGCUUGGUGCCCGACGGGCAUAAGAAAGUAUUACAGGCAAUGGUACACUACCAGAAGUAUGCUGCAGAGAGGACUCGCUUCCAGUCUCUUUUGAACGAGCUGGACAGAAGCACAGGACACUACAGGGAUGAAGUAAAUCUGAAGACAGCCAUCAUGUCAUUCAUAAACGCUGUGCUGAAUGCUGGAGUUGGAGAGGACAGUCUAGAGUUUCGCCUUCAUCUUAGGUAUGAGUUUCUGAUGUUAGGAAUUCAGCCAGUCAUCGAGAAGCUGAGAGCACAUGAUAAUGCCACGCUCGACAGACAUCUGGACUUUUUUGAGAUGGUGCGGAAUGAGGAUGAGUUAGAACUGGCCAAAUGCUUUGACACUACACACGUGGACACCAAGAGUGCUGGACAGAUGUUUGAGCUGAUCAAGAAGAAACUGAGCAACACAGAUGCCUACCCCCACCUUCUAUCUAUCUUAAAGCACUGCCUCCAAAUGCCAUAUAAACGUGGUGCAGGCAGUAUACAGCAAUGGCAACUUUUAGACCGCAUCCUUCAGCAAAUUGUUCUACAAGAUGAGAAGGGAGAAAAUCCAGAUGUUUCACCCCUGGACAAUUUCAACGUUAAGAACAUCAUUAGAAUGCUUGUCAAUGAGAAUGAAGUCAAACAGUGGCGAGAUCAAGCAGAAAAGUUCAGAAAAGAGCAUGUAGAGCUGAUGGCUCGGCUGGAAAGGAAAGAAAGAGAGUGUGAGACCAAGACACAAGAGAAGGAUGAUAUGAUGAAGACACUCAACAAGAUGAAGGACAAACUGCAGAAAGAAGGAGUGGAGUUGCGCUCUGCCAGGGAGCAUGUAUUAGACCUGUCCUCCCACAUUAGCAACAUUUCAAAUGGUGGAGUUCAUUUACACAUUCCCCCUCCGCUUCCUGGGAGCCCGAUGGCUCCGCCUCCACCACCUAUGAUGAUGGAUAACUUCCCUCCUCCUCCUCCACCUAUUGCUUUUUCCAGCCCACACCCACCACCUCCUCCACCUCCCCCGGGGGGUCCUCCAGCCCCACCUGGGGCCCCGCCCAUCUUUUCUGGGAUUCCACCUCCACCUGGAUCUGCUUCCAUUAGCUCCACAACCAGCCUACGCACAAAGAGCAUCCCACAACCUUCACAACCACUAAAAUCCUUUAACUGGUCCAAACUGGGAGAGAACAAGAUCACUGGUACGAUCUGGUAUGAGAUUGAUGACAGAAGGACCUUUAAAAUUCUUGACCUAAAGGACAUUGAGAAGAUGUUUUCAGCUUACCAGAGGCAGCAAGAGCUGCUCACUAACCAAUCAUUCAAGCAGAAAGAAACAGGAUCAAUGGAUGACCUUUAUCUGAGCUCACGCAAAGUCAAAGAGCUGUCUGUUAUUGAUGGACGGAGGGCCCAAAACUGUGUCAUCCUGCUUUCCAAGUUAAAAAUGAGCAAUGAAGAGAUAAAGAGAGCCAUUCUGGAGAUGGAUGAGAGGGAGGAGCUGGCUAAAGACAUGUUAGAGCAGCUGCUGAAGUUUGUUCCUGAGAAAAGUGAUAUUGACCUUCUGGAGGAACACAAACAUGAGCUUGAGCGUAUGGCCCGGGCUGACCGCUUCCUGUUUGAGAUGAGCAGAAUCGACCACUAUCAACAGAGGAUCCAGUCUCUUUUCUUCAAAAAGAAGUUUGCAGAGCGCCUAGCAGAAAUAAAACCAAAGGUUGAAGCUAUUCUGUGUGCGUCUCGUGAGGUGAUGAGAAGUAAGCACCUGACACAGGUUCUGGAAGUGGUUUUGGCAUUCGGGAACUUCAUGAACAAAGGACAGAGGGGCAACGCAUAUGGUUUCAAAGUGUCCAGCCUCAACAAGAUCAUAGACACCAAGUCAAGUAUAGACAGGAACAUCACCAUGUUGCAUUACCUGAUCAUGAUCUUUGAGAAAAAUUACCCUGACAUCCUAAAUAUUCAACAGGACUUGGCCUCUAUACCAGAAGCUGCCAAAGUCAAUCUGGCUGAGCUGGAGAAGGAAGUGUUCAUCAUUAGGAGCGGCCUGAAAGCUCUGGAGGCGGAGUUACGAUACCAGCAGAGCCGAGCAUGUGACUGGGGAGACAAGUUUGUCCCAGUGGUCAGUGACUUCAUCACAGUUGCUAGCUUCAGCUUCUCUGAACUUGAGGAACUACUCACUGAAGCCAAAGAUAAGUUUUCUAAGUCUCUGAAGCAUUUUGGAGAAGAGGAAGGUUGCAUGCAACCGGAUGAGUUUUUUGGAAUAUUUGACAUCUUCCUGCAGUCGUUCAGCGAGGCCCGACACGACCUGGAGAACAUGCAGCGACGCAAAGAGGAGGAAGAGAGGAGAAUGCGCAUGGAGGCCAUGCUGAAGGACCAGCGGGAGCGAGAAAGACGAGCAAAGAAAAGCACCGGAGGCAGUGUGUCAGAGGAGGUGGGGGAGUUUGAUGAUCUUGUAUCGGCGCUUCGCUCAGGUGAAGUCUUCGACAAGGACUCUAAACUUAAACACAACCGCAAGCGCUCUGUCAACCAGCUGGCAGAUUGUGGGGGUCGUGAAAGACCAGUCACCAAGGUGAACUAUUGACCUCAGUGAAUACAGUCAGAAGGAGUUCAGAUUUUUAUAUUUACAGACUGACAGGGAACUCUCUUGAAAUGCCAUACACUGCCCUCUAUUUUCUUUUUUGCUCAGACCAGUAAUAACGGACAAGCUCAAAGAUGGACAGGCUCACUGUAAGAUCGUCUGGUUUAUCCACAGAUGAGAAGGAUGCCCUGCAAUCUCUUUCUUCUUGUUUCUGCUUGUUCCUCCUUCUUGAUAUGUAGUCACUCACACUGAUCUCUUACUCUUGUUUAUUUGUGGCGAAAUGCACAACCUGAGUUUCAGUUUGGAAGAGCUGUUCAGUCUGGUGCUGCGAGGUCUCACAAUAAGUCAUAAGAGGUAGAUAUCAUCUGAGUCACUUGUAGAAUCCAUAUGGUUAUCCUUCUAACCUGCAAAGGUUUUUGUCCUUUCUCUGCCGCCCAUUUUCAUGCUCUAAUUUUAGGAGAUUGAGCAAUUUGGUACCUCUAAUCUUCCGAUCCAACUUUGCUUUUGGAUUUAAAAGAUGCAGCUGGUGCUUCCUAAACCUGAAAAUGAAGGAAAAAAAUAAAAUAUUGUUCAGUCCUGGAUGUUGGAAUUACCACACAGGCAAUUAUGACACUGUUGAUACAGCCUUACAGGUUGGGAUACCCCUUCCCCCAAGUGCCUCUAUACAUUAACGGCAUUCCAAGGACUACCUCCUGUACGGAGAUACUGAUGAGAGAGAAGAGCACUUUCACAAAGACAUACAAAGAAUAUGAAAAUACGCUGAGUGUAUUUAAUUGCAGAAAUUAAAUGAACCCGUUGGAUUGUUAUACUUUAUAAUAUUCUCAUCUGUCAUAUACAACUGCACCUUUCAUCCAUAUGACCUGAAGUAGCAUUCUAGGAAAGAAGGGACCAUGAAAUUCUGUUUAAAAAAGCCUUUAUCUAUGAGCAGGUACUACCAUGUGUCUUCAUCACUUCUUCAGGUUAACAUAUUGAACCUUUGGGCCUUGAUAAUAAUAUUUAACAAAAUAAUGUCUUACAUAUUUUACUAUCUAAAUGUGUAUAAAGAAACGCUAGGUACCCAGGUAUGUAAAAAAGUUGUCUCUAGAAUCGAUUUGUAGAGAUCCACUGAAUUUUAGACUUUGUUCUCAAGGUCAACAUUAUGUAACCCACUUUGGUUUUCUUAUUUGUUCGUUUUUUUUUUUUUUUUACCUGUAUAUUAAGUAGCUGUAGUCAGGACAAAGGUUGCAGAUGUGCAUACAAUGACCUUGUAGCUGGCAUGGUGUGGCAGAGAAAAUGGUGUUAGAGAACACAAGAGGCCUCUGAUAUGGAAAUAGACAUAUGAAGGCAAUGAAUGCAAACAUUUGAAGGGGAAAUGUAGAUUCCAGUGAGAUGGUGAUUAUGGAUUGACAAAAAAUGUAUACCCCCUACCCCCACCCUGUAAGAAUACUGUUUUCAUCACAACAUGCAGGUUACAUUGCAGCAGUCUGAGGCCUCCUGUGUCCUCUGUCCAUAUGGGGUCACAGUUGGAGUUCUGUAUAAGGUGAUUGUGUUUAUCUUUUAAGAGAUAAAAGUUAAAUAUGGACACGCAUGGUGCUAUUUGUCCAUUUUUGUGGGUACAGCUCUGCCCCUUCUGACCUUGCUUAAGGAACAAGAAGAGUGUCUGUGAGUGCAGGGCUUGUGGUAUAUCUAUAUUUCUUUGAGCCAGUAAGAUCAUUUAUUAACAGUCCAAAAAUACACAAGUUUUAAAACUUAGCUUACAAGUGCCAUAACAAUGGGCCAGUGCAGACAUUCUCUCCUUUCUCACCUGUAUCAGCUCAUGUGUACUUAUUUAGAUGUUUCAAGAUUGAAAGUUGUAUAUUUAUGUUUGUGUACUUAUUUUAAUACCAAAAAUAGUAUUUGUAGUCCUAUCUGUAUUGUCACUUUUUCGUGACUAAUGGCUUGAGAUUGCUUAUUACAAGUUAGUAUUUUUGUACAACAGACGGUUCGUUCCAGGUUUGACCUGAAAAGAGCAGAGAGUUUUGUCUGGGACAUUUAGAAAAAUACAAUUAUUGGCCACUUAAAUCUGAGCAUUUGUAAUUAGUUUGAUUGCAUUUCCUAAGGAUUCCCCAUAGAGGCUCUUAUUAGAUCGUAUGGCAAAGCCCUAGUCUUGAGCUGCUUAAUUGGAGAUCAUGUAGAAUUAGGAAUGUGGGUUUGCACAAUUAACUGUUCUUUGUGCACCAAAAUGAAUAUGACCCAACAGAAGAGAAGAUAUACACUUUGUUAGACAAUUUUAUAAUAAAACAUUCAUUAAGUACUAAAAAAAAUAAUAAUAAUGCAACUUGCCUCUUGCCAAAUUAAAUCUGGGGCUAUUUAUUUUCAUUUCCUUUACAUCUCUGUCAUUCUUGUCAUGAGAAGAGUGGUACUGUUAGAAGUUACAUUGUUCCACAGAACAACCUUGGUGUUCUGCCUUUUAAGCUUCACAAGAGUAUUAAAAUAUUCAGUGUUAUUAUUUGUAUUUGUUAUGUAUAUCUGGUGAUUGAUUGUCCAAAACAGAAAGGAAAAUAUGUAGCUAGUUGCUUAAUGCACUUUUUUGUAGGACAUACUUUUUCCUGCAUCACAAACCAGAGGAGCCAAAGGCUGAAAAAAAAGAAAAGAAAAAAAAAAUCUAAGUGUAUUUUUUUAGUUAAGGAAUCAGGCCUACAUAGAUUAGAUGUACAUUUACCCACUAAUCUAUGUUCCAUUGUUUUAUAAAACUGUCUUUUCCAGCUCUUUGAUUAUUGUGGAUUGAAUAUAGAUAAGAUAUGAACUGUAGUUUGAAUGGUAAAGAAAACUGAUUAUCUUUGGUACAUUAUACAAGAUAAAUAUAUAAGACUGCAUCUGAAAGCACCAUGCCAACUGCCUAAAUUCACUUUUAUAUUUUAGAUAUUUUGAAAUAUGUUUUGCCUCCCACUUCUGUUUGGGACUUGAUGUUUUCCCUAUUGGCUCGAGUGGGGCAUAGGAGUGGUUCUCUGAUAAUAUAUUGGUGUAUUAUUAUCUGUGACAAGAAAAGCAUCACACUUUGAAUGUGUUCAUGGAAUGCUCCACCUAUGAUUUAGACAGGUUGUAUUUGUGCCAAGUGCACCAUUUUAAAGGUUGAUUUGAUAAGGGCCUCACAUAAUAGAUGUAUAGUUCUCAAAAUAUUUUGUACACCAUCAUAGUCAUUU